AUGGCGCGGAUGGAGGAAAAAAGAGGAGUGACAGGCGGGCCUGGGGACGAUCACGAAAGCGAAAUGAUCACCUUACAAUUGGAGGUGUUUGAUGAACCAAUUUUCGAUCAUUCACUAAUUAGCCUACAUGAGCAUACAUACAAACCAUAUGGUUCACCAUCAUUCAAGAAUUCUGAUGAAAUCAGGAUAGCUGUCAACUUUCAAGAUUUGAUACUCGAUAUUUCUGAUAGCUACAUAUAUAUUGAGGGGAAAUUCACACCAGAUGAUGCAACGAAAUCCUGCUAUCUAUCUAACAAUACCUUAGCCUUCCUCUUCGAUGAAAUUCGUUAUGAAAUGGGUGGCGAACAAGUAUGUAUGAUUCGAAAACCAGGCAUUACUACCACAAUGAAGAGCAUGAUCUCUUAUGGAGAUUCUAACGCUAAAUUUCUUGAAACAGUCGGAUGGGGAAUUGAUAGCGAAAAUCAGCCAAUUCUAGACAAAUCUAGUCACAUAUUCAGUGGAAAACUACCGCUAAAAUAUUUAAUGGGGUUCGCUGAGGAUUAUAAUAAAGGUAUAUUGAAUGUGAAACAGGAGCUGAUACUCAUCAUAGCUCGAUCAUUCAAAAACUGCUAUAUAGGAGAAGUUGAUGCCAGUGUGGAGAUUAACAAAAUCGAAUGGAAGAUAGGACAUAUUAUGCCAUCGGAUAAGCAGAGGUUGAAAUUACUGAACCGUCUCAAUAAAAGUUCUACAGCAAAAGUGAAAAUUGCAUACAGGAUGUGGGAUCUGUAUGAAUUACCGUCAAUUCGUGAAACAUCUUCAGACAUUUGGGCUGUUAAAACCACCAAUAGUCUCGAGCGACCAAGGUACAUUAUCAUAGGCUUCCAAAAUUCUGGUAACACAGAUAAUAGAUCCAAGGAUACCACCCAAUUCAUUCAUGCGGGAGUCAACAAUAUUCGACUGUAUUUGAAUUCGGAAGUUUACCCUUAUGAACGGUGGAAUUUGGAUUUUGGAAAAAAGUUAGAUGCUGUAGCCUAUUAUGCAUACGAUAAUUUCCAACGAAGCUAUUAUGGUAAAGACAUGAGCGAACCAAUGAUGAGUAUUGAGGAGUUUAGAAAAAAUCCGUUAUUCAUCAUAGACUGCAGCCAUCAACCGGACACAUUGAAAUCUUCAACUGUCGAUAUCAAGUUGGAGUUUGAGACACGCCAAUCGAAAUUUCCAUCUAAUACCAAGGGAUUCAUACACACAAUGACGAACAACGAAAUGUAUCGUGCAGUCCUCACUCUCAUUGACUUCCUCACUAAUCUCAAAGAAGAGGCGCUAAAAUUCCACCCAAUAGAUGACGAAUGA